AUGAACGAACGGAUGGUCAACUAUAGUUCGCUCAACCGGGAUCCCUCCUCCUCCACCUCCGCAGCACUGGCACCUCAAUCCCGCCGACACCGCAACUCAGCCGGCUCAGGCUCCUCAUCGAACUCCUCAUCCAGCCGUCACAUCUGGAGACCCGCCGCCCUAAGCGGCUCCUCAUCCCCCACCGCUGGUGGCGCGUCGCAAAGCAGCAACAGCAACUCCAUUACUCUCAGCGAGGCGCUACGCAAUAAUCCCUUCGGGAGCACACCGCGUGCUCGCGCAGUCCAGGUUUCUAUUCGUGAGGCGGAGGACCAGAAGCGCGAGCAGGAUGAGUUGAAUGCGGCGCUGGAGCAGCUUGCGCGCAUCUUUCCCGAUGUGAAGAUUGAGGUGUUUAGGGAAUUGCUCGUGCGGUUUGAUGGUCUCAGUCGGCUGCAGGUUUGUGUUGAGCAGUUGCUGAGACACAAGGAUGAGUGGGUUGCUGGGAGGUGGAAUCUUUCCGAGGCGAAUGGGACGAAGGAUCAUCGUGGGAGUCGGCAUGACGAUGGAAGCGCCGAACAGGUCCCUGCCGAGGAAAUGUUUCGGUCUGAUGAGUACAAGAUCGUCGUUCGAGCGGUUCUGGGUAAGGAGUUCAGUGGCCUGAGCAAGAGCACCGUCGACGCUGUGCUGGCUGAGGUCAACUUCAGCUAUACCCGGGCACGGCCGACAUUGCGAGACUUAUCGCGUCGGACGUGGCGCGCUACUUUCAAUAGCAUCUUCCCAUCCUUCAGACGAAAGAAGGAUCGGGACGAGCACCCGCUUGUAGGGUGGCAGCGUCGGGCAGACGGAGAGCUGAUUCCGCGGCUGAAAGAGACAGGGUGUGUCGAGCUGGACGGGGAGCUGUACACAACCCUGGUGGCUCCGUUGCUGCAGCAAAAGCGCGAAGAGCAAGAAAAUGGCGAUUUUAUGUUUGCUUCUGAGUUGAAUGUGAAGGAGGCGAAGAAAGUUGAUGCCCUAUAUGAAUGCGAAUGCUGCUUCGCCGACGUGACAUUUGAGCAGAUUGCCACAUGCUCGGCCAACACCCAUGUCAUUUGUCACCAUUGUAUUCAGCGGACGAUUCAUGAAGCGCUUUUCGGACAAGGCUGGGGCAAGUCCGUGGACCUGGAACGGUCGACGCUCAAAUGUCUUGCGCCGCUUUCAGUCAGUGUUUGCGACGGAUGUCUUCAUCCAGAGGUCGUCCGGCAGGCAAUUCUUCUCGACAUGUCCGGUUUCGAGACCUACCGCAAAUUCGAAGACCGACUAGCCUCGGAGGCUCUCCUCAAGUCACAGCUCAAGCUCAUCCGGUGUCCGUUCUGCUCGUACGCUGAAGUGGACCCGGUCUAUCACCCUUUGUCGCGAGGUGUCCGCUGGCGGGUUCGUCGCGAUGGGGGACUCAUCCCGACAAUUCUCAUGACGCUUUUCCUUCUUGAUCUGGUUCCCUUACUCGUCAUUCCGGUAUUGGUACUACUUCUCUUCGACCCUGCCGCUGUCAAGGCCAUUUUCCAUAACGCUAUCCGCAAUCUCUGCCUUAAGAUCCGUCCCAAACGUUUUACCUGCGCCCGUCCUUCCUGUCAGCGUGUCAGUUGCAUGACAUGCCAGAAGCCGUGGCGCGACCCCCAUAUUUGCCAUGAGCCACUGCUGCUCGACCUGCGUGCCACUGUCGAGGCUGCCCGCACUGCUGCCGUAAAACGCACUUGCCCCCGGUGCGGGCUGUCAUUUGUCAAGUCCUCAGGCUGCAAUAAGCUGACUUGUGUCUGUGGCUAUUCUAUGUGCUACCUCUGCCGCAAGGCCCUGGGUUCACCGGGACGACCUGCCAGAGCGCAUGAAGAUGGCCGCGGCCCUCUUCCACAACGCCGCCUCGCCAUCUACGACGGACCCCUUGAAGAAGGAGCCGGCCAUCUCUUUGAUGACCCAAAUGAUAUCUCCGAAGACGACGAAUUCGAAGAACCCGAAGGCUACAAGCACUUCUGCGAGCACUUCCGAAUCAACCCGGGCUCCCGCUGCACCGAGUGCAGCAAGUGUGACCUCUACCAAGCCGAAGACGAAGAAGCCGUCGCCCGACGCGCGGGAGAAAAAGCCGAGCGGGAGUGGCGUCUUCGACAGGGCGCAUCUAGCAACGGCAGCACCGCCGUUUCGGCAGUGGGAUUCCACAACGUCAACCGGGAUUUUUCCUCGUCAACACAAGGCCGCGCUAUUGAUCGUCGCUCCUCGUCUGCGUUGUGGGAUCUACAACUCAUCGGACCGGGAAAACCGUGGGCUUACUGGCUAAAUGAUGUGUGGGUUGACGGCAGGUGGAAAAUUGAAGGCCAGGCUCUGGCGGACUGGAUCGUCGAACGGGUUGUCGUUGUCGAGGAAGUAUAA